AUGUUGUAUCCGCUGUUUUUCCCGUACGGCGAGGCCGGUUGGCAUAACGGGAUGUUGCAAGCGGGCAACCGACGAAACAAUGUCCGCAAUCGCAUCAGAGAGUUUGCGUCCUACCGUUUGGCUAUUAGAUAUCAGGGAAAUAACGACCAAAGGCAUGAACUGUUUAGUUUAUUACAUCAAGGUCGGUUCUUGUUGCAGAUGUAUGUGUGCGACCAGUAUGUUCGAAUGGAGUCGAACAAUCUGAACUACAUACGUUUGCACCAGAGGGAUCUCCUCGCCGAAACGUAUCAAGGGCUCAUGGACCAUGUGAACCAACAGCUCCACGUCGAUCCCAUGGCGGUCGGGCGUAGGGUCAUAUUGCCGUCGACGUUCACGGGUAGCGACCGAUUCAACAAGAUGAAUUAUCAAGACGCCAUCACCAUAGUGCGUACCAAAGGGAAACCCGACCUGUUCAUAACGUUUACGUGCAAUCCCAGGUGGCCAGAGAUCACUGAAAACCUGGCUGCCCACAGCACGGCAAGCGACAGGCCGGACCUGGUGGCCAGAGUGUUCAACAGGAAGCUACAGGAGCUAAUAGGUGACAUAACUGUGAAUCGUGUGUUUGGUAAUGUCAGCGCUUACGUGUACACUAUCGAGUUUCAGAAACGUGGUCUGCCCCAUGCGCAUAUACUGAUAAUCCUGGCAGAGGACUGUAAGUUCCACACGGCCGAGGACGUGGACGACGUGGUUUGCGCCUUCUUGCCGGACCCCGCAAUCGACAGGCGCUUACACGACUGCGUCAAGUCUCACAUGAUCCACGGGACGUGUGGAACAGUCAAUCCACAGUGUCCGUGCAUGGUGGACAACAAAUGCUCCAAAGAUUUCCCGAAAGCGUACGCAGAGGAGACAGUGUACGUUGCGGACGGCGGAUAUCCAAAGUACCGCCGACCGGAUGACGGCCGGGUGGUACUUGUGAGAGGUCGUGAGGUUGGUAACGAGUGUGUAGUGCCAUACAACCCUUACCUUCUGGCCAAGUAUGACGCGCACAUCAACGUCGAGAUAUGCACGUCCAUAAAGAGUGUCAUGUAUAUCUACAAGUAUAUAUACAAGGGACACGACCGUGUGACGUUGGAAGUUCAGGACCAGGAUGAGAAUGCCAAUUACGUAAACUCAAGAUAUGUCAGCCCACCAGAAGGCAGCUGGCGGUUGUUUUCGUACAAAUUGCACGGCAAAAGUCACACGGUCGUCAGACUUCCUGUCCACCUGGAGGGUCGUCAGAACGUGUACUUUGCGCCGGGCCAAGCAGAAGAACGGCUACAGAACCAAGCUGUGCGUAGUACGAAACUCACGCAGUUCUUCGCGCUCAACACAACAGACGUGAAUGCUCGACAAUACUUGUACCACGAAAUACCGACGCAUUACACCUGGCAGAUGCCACGUAAUCAAGAAAACGUACUCGUAAGAAAUGUCACCCAAUGGUUGCCGCGGCGGAUUCGGAUGGCAAACGUUACGUUGGCUCGGAUGUACAUAGUAAACCCACUGGACCGGGACCGUUUCCACCUGAGAUUGCUACUUCUGAACCGAAGAGGCCCGAAGUCCUUUCAAGACAUAAGGACGGUGGACGGGGUCGUUCACGAAACAUUCACGGCGGCUGCCGUUGCACUCGGAUUAUUGGAAGACGACCGAGCGUGGCGGGAUUGCUUGACGGAAUCGGCGACGUUGGACACACCGCGGCAGCUGCGGUAUCUGUUCGUCACUAUACUGGUGUUCUGCGAGCCCUCAAACCCGCUGGCGUUGUACGAGGCGAACGAAGCAAACAUGAUGGAGGACUUCAACCGCCGUCUCCAAGACGUCGACCGCGCGAGGGCCGCGUGUCUGGCGGCCAUCGAGGAUCUACUUCGUGUACACAGGAAAUCGCCGGGCGACUACGGUCUGCCCCUCGCCGACCCCCGUCUACUGGAACCGCUGCAGGACGACGCGCUGUUCCGGGCAAUAGACGCGGCGGCACGGUGGGCCCCACAAGUAGUCGCCUUGAACGCCGAACAGCGAACGGUGUACGACCGCGUGAUGGCGGCCGUCGACGACCAACGCGAGGUGGCGAAAACUUUCUUCGUCGACGGACCCGGGGGUACCGGAAAAACGACGCUCGGGAGGUGUUGUGCGUGGCGUUCACCGGUAUCGCCGCGUCGCUCAUGGACGGCGGCAUGA